AUGAGUGAGGCGGCCAUGGAUCAGCUUCUUGUGCGCACGGAGGAGCGCCAGAGCGCCGUCAACGCGGAGCUCAAGCGACUGCUGCUGCAACGAUGCUCCAACGCCGAGCUGCAGUGUGAGGUGAGGGUUGUGCGCGAUGCAGACCCGCGGGAGAGGAUCGUAUCUGAGGUGGCGGAUACUGAUGCUGACGUGUUGAUCCUGGGCAGCCGGGGGAUGGGUCCCGUGAAGAGGAUGCUUAUUGGGAGCGUUUCAGAUUAUUGUGUCAACCACGCCCCUUGUCCUGUGGUUGUAGUAAAACCGUCUAGCUCCUCAGAUUGA